AUGGCACUGCGGGAGAAAUUUGAAGAUACCACCAGGAUCCAGCGGGCGGAAGCAGAAUUGCAGGCUACAAGACAACAAGGGAAGCCAGUAGCUGAAUACAUCAGAGAGUUCCGGCAUCUGGUCAGCAAAAUAAUACAUAUAAACCUGGGCUCUAUAACGCCAUAUGUAAGCGGUCCGAAAAGAGCCCAAGAUAGAGUGGCUGUAACCAACAUGAAGAGCGACUUCCAAGCAUGCUUAAGUGAAAAGGUUGGCUUCAGAGGCUUUCAGAUUCCUGCCGAAAAGCAGUGCCGCAUCGUUCCCGUCGAAUAUGAAGGCAACGAGUACCAGCUGGCUCAUGGGUCGGUAGUCAUUGCUGCUGUCAUCAGCUGCACCAACAACUGCAACCCCUCUGCGAUGCUCGGAGCAGGUUUAUUGGCUAAAAAGGCCAGUGAAGCUGGUCUGACUGUGAAACCGUACAUAAGAACCAGCCUGUCUCCGGGGAGUGGAAUGGUCACCCAUUAUCUCAGUUCCAGCGGCGUAUUACCAUAUCUCAAUAAACUUGG